UGAGUGUCGUCUGCUCGCGGAAGAGGCUCGGGAGGUUUACAUUUACGGAAAGUAAUUAAGAUGCCGAGACAAAAGAAAAUUGAACAGGAUGUGGGUAGCAGCAAUCAAAAGAAGCAGUUUGACGAGAGCGUCAAUGCGUCCCCACAAAGUUUAGACAGCAGUCCUAUUCGUGCUGAUGAAACACCUAUUAUAUCAAGAGGUGGCAAGAAAAGGACUGCAGAUGGCGAACCUGAAGACUUUGGGUCAGAGAUGCAGAAAAUGUUGGAGUGCUUUGGAGCUGACAUCUCAAAGACGCUUGUUGCCAAAAGACGAAGACUUGAGCAACUGACUCAGGUCUCCUUGAGGAGCACAAAUAAAAAGGUUGAUGACAUUUGGAAGGCCCAACAAACAGAAAGACAUAAGUUGCAAGGUGAAUAUGCAAGACAAAUUGGGACAGUUUUCACCCAGUGGGAGUCGGACAUUGACAAAACCAAGGAACAAGAAGAAAAAUUAGCAACACUCUUCAAGCAGCAGCAGAAACUGUUCCAGCAAGCACGUAUAGUGCAGAAUCAGAGACUGAAGACUUUGAAGCAGUUACAUGAACAGUUCUCAAGAGGGUUAGAAGAGCUGGAGCAGUGUCACAUCAAUCAACAAAACAAUGUACAGAGUGAAAUGAAGAAAGAAAUGGCACUUCUUCAGAAGAAACUUCUCAUGGACACUCAACAGCAAGAAAUGGCCAACGUGCGGAAAUCCUUGCAGACCAUGCUAUUCUAAUGAUAAAGUCAGGGUACUAGCAGUCAACUACAAUUUGCAGAUAAUAAAAUAAAUCCUGUAACAUUGAUGAUAGCAGUUUGAUGUUUUAUGGUGUGGGGAAUUGUUUUCCCAUUUUUAAUAGUUCAUGGUCAUAUUGCAAGUAUGAUUACGUGCUCAGGGUAUUUUGUCUUCCUACAUUGUGAAUUAUGUACCUUUAAUUCAUUGAUCAUUAGCCUGUUGUGUGAUGCAUCUUUCCGUGAUUAAAACUGUUGAAUUUUA